CACUAGUUGUUACUCCCUCAUACAUAUUAUCUCUCACAAUCUUUACAUUUUCACCAGGAACUCCUUUCUUAUUGAGUGCUCAUCACAGGAUUUCUCGAAGAACUCUAUCAAAUGCUUUCUCAAGAUCAAUGAAUACUAUAUAAGCGGUUGUUUCUUUAUUCCUGUAUUUUUUCAUAAACUGCCUUCUUAUAAUGAAAUGUGUUUGGUAUGUACGAGGAAUUGUUUGGCAUAUAUGAUGAAGUAAAGCAAAUUAAAGUGAAAGUAAAAAGUAAAGUUAAGAAAUAAAUUCUCAAUGUAGGUGUUCUCCCUUUUAAAAUUAUUUCAAUUAUUUUCCCGUUUUAAUUCUGCAAAAAUACGCGCCAAUGCCUUCGUAGUAAAAUGACACACUUUAAGGAUAAUAAAAUAAAGUUGAUUAAGAAAAUUAAUAUUUGCUCAUCUAAAUAUGCCGUGUCUUUGUUUGUACUUCAAGAUAACAACAAUGACUGUUAACUACACCUUAUACGUGAAACACAAUAAUUGUGUGUGACGAAGUUAAAAUGGUGCUUAAAAUCGGUCGUAAGUUUGUUAUUGUUCUAGUUCUACUCCUGGCACUUUCGCUGGAAGUAGAUGCUAGAAGAAAAAUUUUACGAGGAAGAAAAACAGUCAACAGAACGUAUUUGAGGGCAGCGGCUAUACCAUCAUACGUUAUUGUCAUAUUAGUGGCAAUUGGUCAGAUGAUUAUAGGUGGAUUGUUCUACGUUAUUUUGAAACUCUGCAUUUUGGAUAAGCCUAUUUCACCACGAUAUCAAGCUGCGCCGGUUCAUUCACGGAAUGGACCUUAGUAAUAAUAAUUUGCAUCAUUAAUUAUUUUAUAUUUAUUAAUUACCAAAAUACCUUGUACUUAAAAAAGUUAAUAUCAUAAAAUUGUUUUAUAUAGUAUAAUUAUAAACUAUAUUAGAAUUAAAUUAGAGAAACACUUUUUAA